AAAUUGCCAGGUAAAGUGGUCACUACAGUGGAACCCUCCAUGCAUAUAUACUGAACUAUUAGAAGAUUAGCUAAUUUCGCGGUCUCUAAGAAAAUCAUGUUCCUGCAGCCUCUGAUUUCUCGGACCAAUUUGUUUACAUUUGAUAUCACCUACACAUGGCAAACCAUCUUUAGGGAUUAUUCAGCAGAAAACCCAGAACUUUCGUUUGAACCAUCCUAGAGCAAACAUCUAUCCCGGUAAUUGUUUAGUGAUCACAUGGACGAUAGAAUCACCCCUGACCCAGAAGAGCCUUAGUACACCUAAACAAGUGGAUUAUGAAACCCAAAAUAAUAGAAGACGCAAAAACAGUGAAAACCAUUGCGAAGCAAACCCACACUUCAAGCAACCCUGGAAAGAAUAACCAGUAGUGAAUAACAACACUAAACCCAAUACACAAUAUAAUUUAAACCCUAUAAAAGAAGAAAGCAGCAGCUGGAAAAAUGGCAUUCCUAUCAGCAAUACGUCUUUCAAGAAUUUAUGGAAGUUCAAAUCAAACAAAUAUUAGAGGAAUGCUGACUGCACUAUUGGACCCAUGUCAUGGAGGAGGUGCUGAGAAGCGGCUUUUUUAUCUUCGUGAUGCUCUUGUCUCUAAACUGUUUAGACUUAAGGUUGGAAGUGAAAGAAUCUCAGGCAUCAACGUAGCAGAUCAGUUGGUAAAGGGCCACCAACUAUUGGAAUGGUUACCACCCUUAGAUAUAAGUGAAGAAGUGCAGACAAAAUUUAUUACCUGUGAACGAACCAAAAGAAGGCAUAUGGCCACUUCUUUAUUCAUAGGACUAGCAUUCUCCCAAGUACUUAUCCUGCAAAAUAAAAAUGCCCUAAAAAUUUUAAGUAGAUGAAAUUGUUAGUUUUAUGCAGUCCUAGAAAAGUUAUGCACUGAAUUGUCAUUAAUAUUAGGCUCUGAAUUAAUUGAAUAAAGUAUUGAUUUGUCAGAA